AUGGAAGUUUUUAAUGGAGCCAUAGGGAUUGAUCUUGGCACGACAUAUUCAUGCUUAUUAAUUUUUUUUGCAGAUGAUAGUCCUAGUGUAGAAAUAAUUGCAAAUGAUCAAGGAAAUCGAACGACACCUUCAUAUGUAGCCUUUGUUGGAAAUGAACGCCUUAUAGGAGACUCAGCUAAGAAUCAAGCAGCAAUAAAUCCCCAAAAUACUAUCUUUGAUGUCAAACGGUUAAUUGGAAGGCGUUAUGAUGAUCCAGAUGUUAAAAAAGACAUGAAAAUGUUGCCAUUUAAAGUUGUUGAUGUAAAUGGUUCUCCUCAAAUAGAAGUAGAAUAUAUGGGCGAAAGAAAAACGUUUUCACCUCAAGAGAUUUCUGCUAUGGUAUUAGGAAAGAUGAAAGAAAUAGCAGAAACUAAACUAAAUAAAAAAGUUGAAAAAGCAGUUAUUACAGUACCAGCAUAUUUUUCUGAUAGUCAGCGUCUUUCAACAAAGGAUGCAGGCACUAUUGCCGGUUUAAACGUUCUCCGUAUUAUCAAUGAGCCUACUGCGGCAGCAAUUGCAUAUGGUCUUGAUUCAAAAUCUGAUAAAGAAAAAAAUGUUCUUAUUUUUGAUUUGGGGGGCGGUACAUUUGAUGUAUCAUUAUUAACAAUACAAGGAGGAGUCUUUUCAGUUAAAGCCACUGCUGGUGAUACACAUUUAGGAGGAGAAGAUUUCGACAAUAAUCUUUUAGAAUAUUUUAAAAUAGAAUUUAAACGUAAAACAAAAUUAGACCUUGACGAUGAUCCUCGUGCUUUACGGCGUUUAAGAACUGCAUGCGAACGUGCUAAGAGAACAUUAUCCAGUGUUACACAAACUACAGUUGAAAUUGAGUCAUUAAAAGAUGGUCAAGAUCUUAGUAUUAAUAUUAAUCGUGCACGUUUUGAAGAGAUUAAUUCAAAAGUCUUUCAAUCAACUCUUGAGCCUGUUGAAAAAGUUCUUAAAGAUUCAAAAAUAGAUAAAUCUAAAAUUGAUGAUAUUGUUUUGGUUGGUGGAUCAACUCGUAUUCCACGUAUUCAAAAACUCGUUUCUGAUUUUUUUGACGGAAAAUCUCUUAAUAAAUCCAUCAAUCCUGACGAAUGUGUUGCAUAUGGUGCAGCAGUUCAAGCAGCAGUUUUAACUAACAAAGCAAAUUCAGAGAAAACAUCCGAUCUUCUUUUGCUUGAUGUUUGUCCUCUUUCUUUUGGCGUUUCUAUGGAAGGUAAUGUUUUUGGUGUAGUUGUUCCAAGAAAUACACCUAUUCCAACACUUAAAAAAAGAACAUUUACGACCGUUGAAGAUAACCAAACGUGUGUUGUAUUUCCCGUCUAUCAGGGCGAACGUACGAAUUGCCUCGAAAAUGAGUUCCUUGGGGAAUUUGAGCUUCAGGAUAUUCCACCCCUUCAAAAAGGUCAAGCAGAACUUGAAACUAUUUUUGAAUUAGAUGUAAAUGGGAUUCUAAAAGUUACUGCAAGAGAGAAAUCUACUGGAAAAUCUGCUCAUAUUGAAAUUUCUAAUAGCGUUGGACGGUUAUCUUCUCAACAAAUCCAAGAAAUGAUCAAUAAUGCUAAAAAAUUUUCAGAAAAAGAUAAAGAAUUCUCUAAAAGAGUAGAACUCAAACAAACACUUGAAGCCUAUAUUUCUUCUAUCGAAUCAACUAUCAACGAUCCUGGUGUUUCUAUGAAACUUAAAAAAGGACAAAAAAAGAGUAUUGAAGAUGCUCUUGCAAAUGCAAUGGAUGCAUUAGAAAUCGAAGAUUAUGAAACACUUAAGCGUGCUGAAUUGGAUCUUAAACGUAUCACUACUAGAACCUUUUCUCUUUUAAGAUAA